UUGCAUUAAAUCUUCCAUGUCAUUUGUUGUGUGUGCCAACUAGGUAUUGAAACUGGAUAAUUCUUGUUGAUGAGCAUUUGAAAAGCAGGUUUAUAAAUAGUUACAGAAUGUGGUAGGAUUGGCUGCUUGUUUAUGUGAAAAGAUUCCUGGUUUGACAUUUCACAAUCAGCUGCAAUGUAGACAGAUCAUUAUUGCAGUUGGGAGCAGUAUUAGAUAUCUGUGCUCCUGGUGGAAAUAAAUACCUUGCCUCGAUGUGCUGUGUCAUUAUGGGCAUUUUAUGGUGACAGUUAUCAUGACCAAGCCUCUACCCUGGGUUGGAUGAUAUGAAAGUGCAUCAUGUGGUGCUAUGCUCGAGUCCUGGCCCAUUACCCCUAUGUGGUACUGAUAGCUGUGCUGGUUGUCUCCCUUACGUGUCUGAUUGUCACGGUAACUGUGGGAAGCCGACCAGCGUUUGAGGAACCAAUGGCGGGUUUUGAGCCGCGAGGUACAGACAUCAGCAAUCGGUUGACAGCAUACGCAAAUCUCCUGGAGGACACGGAUGUUUCACCCCAACCCCACAAUGCAGUUGUGCAGACAGCCAACAACCAGCUAGCCCUUUCUGACAUUCUAAUGCCUGAAAUGAACAACUCCUCUCUUCCUUAUGAAUAUAAACAUGCUCGAUGGAAGCGCAGGGCACCAUUCUUUUGUGAUGUUCCAGAUGGCCGUUGGCUGAAGGUUGUAUACCAUUCCCGGUCUAUGGACAACCUCUUCACCUUCCACAAUGUGCAAAGCAUGUGUGCCCUUGAGGAGACUUAUAUCACCUCAAACCCGAUAUACAAACAAAACUGCCUACGCAUGGCUGACAACACGGACUGUUGUCGACCCCUGUCGCUAGGCAACUACAUCUCCCUGCUCACUGGCCAACCAAGUUGCUCAAAUCUCACGGAAUCCGACGUGACGUUUGUGAGAAAUCUUAUCGAGAAGUGUGUAGGAUUCUAUCAAAAUUUCACGUUGACUAAUAACUGUGAUAAACGCCAUUCUCCAGUAGGGGAAGGUUAUUUUCGCGGGUGUGUAGAAAUUCCGAAAAGUUGUCAGAACUACAAUGCUGUAUAUAAUAUCAUACAUUUUGUAGCGGAUCAUUCAUUCCAUAGGACUGACCAAAAGUUGCGUUAUGCCGUUUCAUUUUUGCCAAUAUCAUUCCAGUCAAUGACGCAACGAAAAGUUGACGAUGCUGUGAAUCUGUAUUUGGACAUUGAAUCCAAAGCUGAGAGAGUUGGAAACGUUGAAAUAGUUGCGGCAGAUUUCGGCAUUAAAGAUCACAUGUUUCAUCACUACCUUACCAAAGAUAGUCACUGGCUAGCUUUUAGUGGUGUUAGUAUAUUUUUUGUUGUUUGGAUAUUUACAGGAUCAAUUUUUAUAACUGUUAUGACGUUUUUGUCAAUGUUUUUGUCUUUGGAGCUAGCCUACUUUUUAUAUGUUUUUGUUUUUGAAAUCACCUUUUUUCCAUACAUGAAUCUCGUUACAGUAUUGUUAAUCAUUGCUAUAGGUGCUGAUGAUGUCUUUGUUUAUACACAAAUUUGGCACCUUGCUAAAAAAGAAAGAAAUAGCGGCACUCUCGAAAAGCUGGUUGCAGACACACUAAAACAUGCCACAAUGUCAAUGUUUGUGACCAGUUUUACAACAGCAGGUGCCCUCUUUGCUAACGUUGUGAGUCCAAUCACCUCAAUCAAAUGUUUUAGUAUUUAUGCUGGAACUACCGUCAUUUGCAACUUGAUGCUCAUGGUAACAUGGACUCCGGCUGCUAUUGUUGCCGAAGAGAAAUGGUGCAAUUUCUGUUUUAUAAAUAGUCCCAAAUUUUACAAAAAGUUGCAUACAUAUUAUCGAUGUUUUUUUGAGCAGAUGUUGCCCAAAUUUGUUCUACGUCUACGUUAUUUGUGGAUAUUACUCUUCGGUGCUAUAGGUAUAUUAAGUGGUGUUAUUAUUUUUCAUCACCCUAGGUUGCGUUUGCCUACCUCAUUUCAUUUUCAAAUGUUCCGUAAUGAUCAUUUGAUGGAGAUGUACGAUCAAGAACUGCGGGAAAGUUUUUGGUUUGAAAAAGCUGUCGGGGAAAGACGCCCCUUGUUGCCCCUUACUGUGGUGUGGGGUAUUGAGAAUACAGACACUGGGGCAAAGUUAAAUCCAUAUGACAAAGGAUCAGUUGUUUUCGAUCCAAGUUUCAAUCCAUCUACACAAAGAUCUCAGAUUUGGUUGCGUAAUUUCUGUAGAAAUAUUAGAGAAUCAGGAUAUUACAAGCGCGUGACAACAUUUGAAGUCCCAAACUGUUUUAUUGAGCAUUUUGUCUUGUAUAUGAAACAGCCAUGUUCAAUGGAGGAGCCACAUUGCUGCCAGAAAGCACAAUUUCCAUACCCAGAGCAUAUAUUUAACCAUUGUAUAGAAAAAUACAUUCCCGACGCCAUGAAGGACUACGUGUAUUUUUGGGACAAGUACACCCCAGGACUGAAAUUUGUCGGAAACAAAAUACGGGCAUUGGUUGUGCAAUUCUCAUCUAAUCUGUCAUACACAUAUGACUAUCAGGUUGUGGACGCAUUUUACAAAGGUAUGAGCAAGUUUAUCCAUGAGGAAUUGGGAAAUGCCCCCGAAGGAAUGAAAAAUGGUUGGUUCGUUAGUGACUUCAAGUUCUAUGGAAUACAGAAAAGCCUUGCAGAAGGUUUGCCAGUUUCUUUUGGAAUCUCAGUUCUUGUGGCCUCAGUUGUGACAUUCUUCACCUCUCUUAAUGUCCUGAUUACGUUGUACGCUAUGGUGACGAUAACGUUCAUCAUGCUGACAACCACAGCGAGUAUAGUGCUCAUGAACUGGGAACUCAAUGUAUUGGAAUCUGUUAUCCUCACCGUAGCUGUAGGCCUAUCUAUUGACUUCACUCUCCAUUAUGGCGUGGCCUACCGACUGGCUCCGGAUCUGGACCGAAAAAACAGAGCCUACUGCUCCCUGAUCCGGGUCAGCAGCGUGAUUUUCAUGGCCGCCUUGACAACCUUUCUGGCCGGGCUGUUUAUGGUUCCCUCAGUUACCCUGGUGUACCAGAAAUUCGGAAUAUUCCUUAUGUUGGUGAUCACCAUCAGCUGGCUGUAUUCGACACUGUUUUUUCAAUCGUUGCUCAAUAUCAUAGGUCCUCAAGGCGGUUUCGGUCAGUUCCACUGGCCAUCCCUGGACUGCUGUUCCUUUGCCACUCAGAAUCAUGUCGAUCGUACCGUAUAUACCAUGUCUGAGUCCACCAUGUCAACCUCCUGCUCGGGGUACCACUACCACCCCAGCAUAGACACAAAUGCCACUGAGCACGAUUUCUUCUCAGAGAGGUCAGACUCCCAUCCGGGAACUCCGCAUCACUACCGGACACGACCCGGACGAAGCAACACAAGGUCAAAAUCAUUAAGUAUGAGUCCUGAUAACCAGUCUGAGCGGAAACUGUUAAACGGAGAGGAUAAAACCAGUCAGCCCCAUGAUUUGAGUACUGGGAAUAGCAGUCUGGAGCAUAUGGGUCCGAAUAUUUGCGAGUCGGUGAUAGAUAUUCACGGGGAUGCGGAUGAUGAUGAUGAUGAUAAUGAUUCUGAUAAGCAAAGUACUGAAGUUUGAUUGAUUGUGAAAAUGAUUCAUUGAAAAUCAUCGUUACAAAUUUCACUUUUUUGUCAAAAAGAUUUUUAUGUGAAUUGUUUGAGAUUGCAUGAAAGAAAGAUUGAGUUUUGAAAUAUGAAUACAUGUAAUUGAAAUGAUUGGAAUGUUUUUUAGUUUUUUGGGAACAGAGUUUUUUUGUUGUUAAAAUUUGAAUCAUAGAAUUAAGUGAUAAAAUAAAAGUUGGAAUUCAAAGUUAUGUGUUUAAAAAAAAGAUACUUUCAUUUGUUGAAAAUAUUAUGUGUUGAUGUUUGAAUAUUGAAUAGCUUUGAAUUGUUUGAAUUGAAAAUUAAUCAUGAUACUAGACAUAAUGAUGUUAUAAGUGAAUGAACUAGUAUUUUUAUAGAGAAAUGUUGGUUAAUUUGGUUUUAAGUUUUGUUGGAAUUUUAAAAUGGUCAAAGUUUUGCAGGAUUAUUAACUUAUUUAAUUGAUAUAUAUCAAAGAAAUAUGAUGAAAAUGGUUACGUUAAGCAUGCCUAAAGUAGGAUUAAUAGCAAUUACUGAAACUUGUAUUUCACAUAUGAACACAAUUUUCAAAAAUCAGUUUCUAUUCAGGGUGUUGCAUUUGAAACCUCAUGAAAUGUUAAACUGAAAUGUAUAAACAUUUCUGUUAAUCUGUUUUAAAUAUUUUUAUGAUGAAUGUUUCUUUUGAUUUAAUAAAAAGAAUACAACA